ACAUGUGUGUGAUCGAAAACACUGCAUGCAAUCACAACGUCAAUAAACAACGUGGAUAUAAUCAGAAUAGAUACUGUUAUAAUAUAGUUGUAUCUAUCUGGAUUUCAUCGGACUAUUUGACCGAUUUGUGUCCCCUCGUGUCCUGUCGUUUGACUCUUGAUGGUGGAUUCUCUCAUUACUCAAGGAAUACCUAAAGAUCCAUUGCAAUUAUCUCCCAGAAUGCCGAACAUCAAAGUCUUCAGCGGGUCGUCGCAUCAAGAUCUGGCGCAGAAGAUCGCCAAUCGACUCGGCUAUGAUCUUGGCAGAGUUGUCACUAAGAAAUUCUCAAACCAAGAAACUUGUGUGGAGAUCGGAGAGAGUGUGCGUGGCGAAGAUGUUUACAUCGUGCAGAGCGGGUGUGGUGACAUCAAUGAUAACCUCAUGGAGAUGCUCAUCAUGAUCAACGCAUGCAAGAUUGCAUCAUCAUCCCGCGUUACAGCUGUCAUCCCUCUCUUUCCUUAUGCUAGGCAAGACAAGAAGGAUAAGAGUCGUGCACCCAUCUCAGCCAAGCUGGUAGCUAACAUGUUGUCUGUAGCAGGAGCUGAUCACAUCAUCACAAUGGAUCUUCAUGCAUCCCAAAUUCAGGGAUUCUUUGAUAUCCCAGUGGACAAUCUGUAUGCGGAGCCAGCCGUUCUCAAGUGGAUCAAGGAGAACAUUCCAGAAUGGGGCAACAGCAUCAUCGUAUCACCUGACGCAGGAGGUGCAAAGAGGGUGACAUCCAUCGCAGACAGACUCAAUGUCGAGUUUGCUCUCAUCCACAAAGAGCGUAAGAAGGCUAAUGAGGUUGCGUCAAUGGUCCUGGUUGGUGAUGUCAAGGACAGGGUUGCUAUACUGGUUGAUGACAUGGCUGAUACAUGCGGUACCAUCUGCCAUGCUGCUGGAAAAUUAAAGGAUGCAGGAGCCAUCAAGGUCUACGCUAUCCUUACCCACGGUAUCUUCUCAGGACCUGCAAUCAAGAGGAUCAACGAAGCUUGCUUUGAGAAGGUCGUCGUCACGAAUACCAUCCCGCAAGAGGACAAGUGCAAACAGAGCAGUAAAAUUGCAGUUAUUGACAUCUCGAUGAUGCUUGCAGAGGCCAUCCGCAGGACGCAUAACGGCGAGUCAGUCUCGUAUCUCUUCAGCAACGUGCCGUUGUAGUCUACACUGGCGUCUCCAUCAGUUUUCUUGUAAAUUAUAGUUCCAACUUCAUCCAUCAUUUGUACAUUGUGUUUUCCAUUUUAAUGUUCAUUUAUUUGUCAUCGGGUAAUGUCUUCUGGUUGUACCUACUUGUAACAAGGUUGUAGCGCACAAAAUGCUGAGAGAAAUGCCCAACAAAAUGGUUCCUUUAUCAUUGAAGAAAAAAUAUUUGUGGGCAUUCAGUAGAACCUGCGUAUAUCUUAAUAAGGCACAUUUCUGUUGUGAUAUCUUAAACUUCUGAUAGUUCUCAGUAAUUGACCUGUGUCGUAUCUCAUUCAAGGUCAAGUCAUGGGUUUUACCAAAGUACUUGACUCGAAUAUACAUUUUUAUAUUUGGAAGACACAGAACUGAAAAUUAUUUGAAUUGCAAUAUUUCUCUGAGAAUUCUCAAAACACCCGUCUUGUAGGAGAACAAACUUUUUUAAUUCCAGGUAUUGAAAUAAUAUCUAACUUAAUGUACAAUUAUUUGUAUAUGUAGCUUCCAGUCUUUACAUGGUUGUAGAUUCACUUUCUUGAAUUUGUGGCAUUGUUUUCUUUUAACAUCUGAUUUCACUUGCACGUCUGGUUAGAAGGGAUAGACUGUUUGUUGUGUGCAUUAGAUGUAUGAUUUCUUAGUCCCCAAUUUCUUUAUUACACUAUAGAGUAUUCAGACUGUUUUACGUACAGUACUUUUAAAGAAAUUACAACAGUUUGAGAACAUUAGUUUAUUGUGGCAUAUACACCUGUUGACAUUUGAUUUUUUCCUGAUUUAUUUGACAAAUUGAUUUAAUUCCGAUUUCUAGGUAUUUUAUUGAUCCUGUUUUGCUUAGGCAAAAUGUAUCAUAAUAGAAACAUAUCUUCAUGCAAUGCUUCCAAAUUACAAACUUUGAACUUUAUGUCAAAAUUAUUAUUAUAAAAAAUGUCCCCUUUGAUACGUUGUAUGUACAUAGACCUUUGUUUGAAAUAUGUAAGAAAAGUACUGACAAGGAAUUGUUUAGCAAAUUGAAAUAUGUUGGGCAAUCCUU